AUGGGCUCAACGAUUAGUAAAUCCCCUAUUAAGGUUUCCACUCUGCAACCAUCAUCUACAAAACAAUUGUUUAAUCCACUUGAUUCAUUUCAAUCCACAAAAUCCACAACGUCGAUGUUACAUGACCAUAAAAAAAAUAAACCUAAAAUAUCCAAUGUAAAAGAAUUAAAAAGAUCAAAUACUCAAGAAUCUUAUGACGUUGUAUACAAUGAAAAUUCUAUUGAUCUCUUUGAGAUAGAACAUCAAAUAUUAAAAGAUGUUUGGAAAGAAAAUUUUUGUUGCGUUAUCAAAAAAGAAUUACAAAUUGAUGUUUUAGAUGUUGCAUGUGGACGAGGACAUUGGAUUCGCGAUAUGUCAAAUGAAUUUCAAACCUCUCAUUUUACGGGAAUCCAAGCACCACCAUGUAAUAAAGUUGACCUUCCACAUAAUAAUACUGUUAUUAUACCAAUGGACAUAGUUAAUAAAUUAUCUUAUGGAAAAGAUUCUUUUGAUUAUGUUCAUAUGAGAUGUUUGGAUCCAAAUUUUACUGAAGAUCAAUGGAAAAUAGUAAUUACUGAAAUGGUCAGGGUAACAAAACCUCAAGGAACUGUUGAAAUAGUGGUUGGAGGGUGUGAAUGUGAAGAUUCAGGUCCGAUUAUGAAGAAAGUAUGCGAUGCUCGUCAUGCAUUCUUGGAAUCGAAUAGUAUUAAAACCGAUAUAUUAAAGGAUUUGGAAAGUUUGAUGAAAGAUACGAAAGAAUUCGCUUCGUUAGAAAAACAAGUGCGCAAAAUACCGAUCGGAAAAUCUUCUGGGAAAGUAGGAGAGAUG